AUGGAAAAUAUAGAAAGGGGUAAGAGAAGCGCCACAUUGAUAAGGGAAAAGACUAAAGAAAAGUUAGCAGCAAUGCAUGUUGAUUUCGAUAAUUAUAAUCGAGCUAUUGGAGAGUAUCAGCCUAAGUUUGCAAGUUAUUGUGGAGUCACAGCCAGGAGUAGAAUUUCUAUCCUUAAAGAGAGUUGGGAUAAAGUACCUAAGUCAGAGCUCCAUGACUUGUGGUUGGACAUUAAGAAUUAUUGGAAUAUACCAAAUGAUGCUCCCAAAAAACAAACACUUAAAGUAUGUAACAAUUCAUGGAGGGCCUACAAGUCGACGCUUGUUACAGAUUUCAUGGACAAUGAUCUCGAUGCAUCAACAUUUUACCCGUACCUAACCAAAGAAUUAUGGGAAGAUUUUGUUAAGCUAAAAUCCACCGAAGAAUUCCAGGAAAAAAGGAAAAAAGGGAAGGAGACUAUGAAGAAGAACAAAAAUCCAGCUCACUUAGGCCCAUUGGGGUAUCGUGGGAACAAAGCUCGGUGGGAUAAAGAUAUCGAGUUAGGUGCGAAAAUAAAAGGACACCAUAUAUCAAGCGAGCAGGCAAGAGAUUUUAUCUAUGCUAGGACAAAACGCACUCCCUCAGGGGAUUACAUUGUAGCACCUGAGAGUGAGCAAUUAGCAGAUGAGUUUAUAUCAAAAGAUAAACCCGGAGUUGAUUUGAUGGCAAAGGUUUUAGGAAAAGAGCACCCUGGUCGCACGAGGGCGGUGGGUUAUAAUGUCACUCUAAAAGAAUCAAGGAUUAACCAGAGAAAUUGGAAACAACAAGAGUUACCAGAUUUGGAAGAUUUGGUAACGAGGCUAGAGGAGCGUUUGUUUAAUAAGUUAUUUGAGAAGUUAUAUGAUAAGCUGAUGACUGAUAUGGUGCCUGAUAUGAUAGCUAAGGUGGUAGAUACUGUCGGGGACAUGGUCGACUCUAUGGUGGCUACUAGUGUGAAUCUUGGCAUGAUGCAACAUGAUGAUACUCGUAGGAACGAGGUGAUAAAAGUUAGAAGCCCGAAAUUGAAGAAACCUAGUGUUGGAUCGACAAUGAUGGAUGCAUUAGAUAAUAUAAAGGCUCCCAUUGAGUGUCAGUUGCUGCUACCAUCAGAUACAGAGCAUCAUAUAGUUGCCGAAGGGAAAGUCUACCCAUCAGAGAAUGGGAUGUUACAUGGGAUACCGCUCAAAGAGCAUCAUGUGAAGGUAUCUGUACGAAAGAUUUAUGAUGGUUAUAAGUUGUUCCCUCUUCCUGUGCCGACUGAAGAAACAUGUAAUUUGGGGAAUGCAUUGUAUGGUUUUACACAAUGGCCACCAAAUUCAAUUGCUCUAGUUAAGCCCACUCCAACUGUGCAAAAAGAUCAAAGACCUCCCCACACAUCGACAACGAUACCAACACCGAUACCAUCUUCAACACAGAUACACCAAAAAAGAAAGUACGAGGAGACUAACAGUUUGCCCCUUACAAAGAAAAUACGACAAUUUGUGAUGCCAAAAGAACUAAAUGGCAGGCCGAAGAUCAAGUUACUGUAUAAAAAUUUUAUGAGCCGCAACAUUGAAUAUCCAAUCCAUGUUAGAAGUGAGCCAGGGAUCUUUGGAGCUGGGAGGACUGACGUUGUAAUCUAUCCGGACGUGAUUAAAGAGCUUAUGACGAAUAAGCAACUCGAUGUUGAUUCUAUUUUUUGCUUUCAGAUGAUGCUACAUUCAAUGUUUCAACACGAUAAUAAAUGUGCCUUCAUAAACCCGCAAAAAAUCACGGCCUUGCAAUGUGGAACCGAUGAGGAACUUGUAACAAACGUUGUUGUAAAUGAGUUAGUUGAUGCGAUGAACUUUCAUCAAGAUAAAGAUAUUUUUCUAGCACCGUAUUUGCAAGGGUUUCACUACAUAUUAUUUGUAAUCUGCCCUCGUACACAUGUGUGCUACAUUUUGGAUUCAUGUCAAGGUAUGAAGACAUUUGAAGACUAUGAGAUCGUAACACAUAUCGAAAAAGCUGUUGCAACGCUAAAUAAACAAUCCAAAUCUAGAUCACGUGCAAUGACAUGGAAUAUCGCAAAGAACCUUUGGAACGAUAAAACACCAUUUCCGGAUGCGGAGUUAGACGAUUUUGUUGAGUUUUGGAUGACAUCUUUUGUGAAGAACUAUUUGAAAUGA